GUACUUCUAUGUCUGUCCCAAUCGUCAUGGGUUCACCUCGCGUGCCAGUGGCGCGGACAGAAUUUGUCCCAGAUGCAAGGAUCAAAGCGCCAAGAACAGCGUGGGCUUGGACGGAACGGAAGUUGAGUGGCCUACCUUGACGGAAAUCGGACCUACCGACCUUAGGAUUGCGGAGAUGCCGAGAGCUCGUGGGCUGGUAUGUCGAGUUGACCCCAAUGCUUUGGAUCUUCUUAAGUGCUACCACUCGCUGACAGCUUCGCUGUAUGAGAAGAGCCUCCGCUGCCUCCUUCUUGUUGCCCGGGACGUGUUGGAGGAACUGAACCUAGGCAGGUGCACGUUGAGCACCAAGCUUGGGCAGGUGUGGCGCAGACCUGGUCCAGAGCGCGAGCAGCUCAUCCCUGCACUGACCCGCAUUGUGCGGGCAUGCGAAGUGGUGCUGGAACUUACCGACGGGCACGGCAUCGAUGUGGUCUACAAGAAGCAGAGUCAUCCUUUCUCGCAAGCCCCUUUUCAAGCUAGCAGAGACAGCUUUCUGCACAAGGUGGCCUUCCACGGCAGUCGAUUCCGCAGGCUCCAUUGCGCUGUCGAGACGAAGGGGGACUCGAAUGUAGAGAAAGAAAACCAUUUGGUCUUCAUAGCGACUGAAGAGGCUGACAUGGAGGCCAUGAGCCGGUUUCCAUUCGGUGGCAUCGUGGAGCAGUUGAAGCGGAAACACCAUGCUACGCACGAUGAGCUUUACUGCCAAGCAUGCGAUUACUUGGGACGACACUGUGGAGCCUCGAGAUCAAGGGCUAUCGCUCGCAGCUUCGUGAAGGGCGGGACCCUCUACUUGAAAGGCUUACCUGCGCUGGCAGACGAAGCUUUCGUGAACACUGUCAUCCACGAGGCUGACUGUGCCGUGAGGGAGGUGGAUGGCACAAUGGGCUUGCGUUGGCAAAUUCAGCGUGUUGAAGAUGCAUGGCGUGCAGGAGAGAAGGUCGCCGUCGUCAAAUUCUUUCACGGUGAGAUCUGCUCGCAAUUUUGUGACAAGGCCAAGCACAUCUUGAAGGAGAAGCUGAAAGCAGCGGAAAAUGCAGUCCCAGGGGCCAGACUCGAGACUGGCCCCGGUUUAUUGUAUGCUGCUGAUAUCUUCCUUCAAGAAGGCAACAUUCAGGACGUCCUCAGAUCUUCAGACGUCCUUCAGGUAGUAGCUCGGCCAGGUUCAGAGUGUUUGGGCUGGUAUUCCACCCAUGGUCGGCGGGAUCUCCCGAGCAUCCGCCUGAUCUCGGCACCUCACUGGCUUCAGCGAGCCAUGGGUCGUCUCCCUGGUGCUUGGCAGCUUGGCCGGCUAACUUUGCCGUACCAGGUCUUCCAACUCCUGGACAGGAGCUUCCGUUCUGACUUGCCGGAGGGCUGGGUGGAAGAUAUUCACCGUGCUAUGCACACCAGGCGUGUCACUACCGUGGAGGCCGCCGCAAACCUUUUCGAUCAGAAUGCGCACGGACUGCACAGAAUGGGAAUAUUUCCAUAUUUUGCGGGCAUGCCGUACAAGAACGAAGAGUUUUACAAAGAGUUGGAGGACCAACAGACCACUUUGUUGAGACAUGUGCAUCUCUUCGGGAAGCCGACCUCCGCGAUCAGGGGUCGAACUGCGGCAGGUGCAUGGGUCGAGCUGGAUCGGGUCUCCGACCUGGGUGAUGAUGACAGGCGUGGCGACGAGAUUGACUUUGAGUUUUCCUCUGAGGAGGAGACAGGUGAAAGCACCAGCGCCACGGGGCAUUCAGCCCCAGGUUCACCAGGAACUCCAGAGACCCCGCUGUUCCCAGAGAUGCCCGAUGCUGUUCAGCAAAGUGGCAAGGUCUAUGCGGAGGUCGUGCACAACUUUGAUGCAGCGCAGGAAGGAUACGAUAGAGACACGGUGGAAGUCUACUUGAGCUUGCGCCGUGGUGACUGGGUAUUCUGGAGCGAGGUGGACCCCGAGCUAGACGGUGGAUGGCGCAAAGUCUGGGCCAAGAACGAAGCCGCAGAAGGCUCCAGUGAAGGCUGGUUUCCAGACAACCAUCUGCGAGUCGCUGACCUCUCCGAGCAGUCCAUCUCUUUGCAGGCUGAACUUGCGUCCGAAUGGUUCCACAGGUCCUGCUGGCUGGCAGAUGGUGGAACCUGCGAUGUCUACAGCAUCCAGUUGCCUUCAGGCCGCGUUGCGGCAAAGGUCUUGCGCCAACAGGAGAGCCAGCUCCUCGUGAAUGCCAUGCACACUGACAGCACUCUCUUCCACCAAGAGGUCGAGACACUGCAAAGGCUGAGCCAUCCCAACGUCGUCAAGUUCCUGGGUUCCGGGGAGACGAGGGAUUCCCGCUUCGUGAUCAUCCAGGAGUUCGUGUCGCCAGACAACUUGCUCCAGAUCUUGCCCAGCACUGCCUUCAGCUGGAACAUGCGGCUCAGAGCCGCAUCCCAGCUGUCUGAAGCGAUCGUCUACAUCCAUAGCCUCGACGUCAUUCACCGCGACAUCAAGCCUCCCAACGUCUUGAUCAGGUUUGAGCAUACCGCUGGUCUUACGGCCCUGAAAUUGUCCGACUUCGGUUUGGCAAAAGGUGUCCAGGACCGGGAGUUGCGGCAGUCGAUGUCCACUCGUCGAGUAUGUGGGAGCCCGGGUUACCUUGAUCCGGACAGCCUUCGUGGCGGAGGAUCCACCAAGGAGUCUGACAUUUUUUCCUUCGCCGUCGUGCUUCUAGACCUGAUGAUCGGCACCGGAUGCGGAGAGGAGGCCGACCAUUACCGAAGCGCACGGCGAAACCAGGUGGUCUUCCAUGAAGCUUGGGGCAGCGCACCGGAGCAAACCAAGACUGCUCUCCUGCGAUUGGUGAUGCAGUGCAUUCAGGAAUUUAGGGAAGAUCGACCAGCUAUAGCAGCAGUGCAACAGAAUCUAAGCCAGCUGAGCUCGACAGCGUGA